AGAGCUAACAGCUUGCUUGUGGAGCAUUUAGCGCUUCCAGGCCCUAUGUGUCAUUUUUAUGGGCACACUCUUAGUCAUUUCAACUGUCUGUGAGGCUGGGACUGUUCUCCCAUUUUACAGAUGAGGAAACUGAGGCUAAAGGAAGUGAAGUAGCCUGCUGAAAGUUACACAGCUAGAAGCCAGAGUCCGAUCACAGCCUGCCUGUUUCCUAUCAAAGUCCCUCUGGGAAUUGGUGGCAGGCCAGGUCUCUGGUCUCCUGAUGUCCAUCCUGCUGAGCCUGUGGCUUCUUUCCCUUGAGCAGACUAGCAGCUUUCUGAGCAGAGGGGCAGUGUGUCAGGCAGCUGGAGAUACCGGGGAUCCCCUCCAGGGAGGACAGCAGGAUAGACUGUCUUAAUUCUGCUGUGGUAAUAUCCUGGGAGCCAGUGUCACCCCCAUCUCCCUGGGCUUGUUGCCUUGGGCAUGUGUAUAUGAGGAGACAGGUCCAGAGAGGGACGGUCUUAGAGAGGGUCACACAGUAUGUCAGCGGUGGAGCUGGGGCUGGUCUCAGGAUCUUGUUCCAGUUUAGUUUCUUUUACUUACCCAGUGUUGCCUCAUCUGCAAGAGUAAAGGCUCUUUAGGGGCUUGACUGACUCCCAGCCUGUGAGCUUGCUUCAGCUCAGACCCCAAUCCAUUGGCCAAGGAGAGCUUUGUCUUCUGAUUCUCCUGGAAGCGGUUCUUGAGGGAGGAUCCUGCCUUCUGUUCUUCCUGACCCCUGUAGACCUGGAGCAGCAGGUAAAGCAGCUGAAUGCCAAGAUCAAGAAGACCCAUGAGGAAGUGAGCUUCUUGAACACUUACAUGGACCAUGAGUAUCCUGUGAAAUCAGUCCAGAUUGCCAGCCUUGUGCGCCAGCUGCAGCAGGUGAAGGACAGCCAGCAGGAUGAGUUGGAUGACUUAGACGAGAUGUGCAAAAUGGUCCUGAGGUCUUUGUCUGAUCAGAUUCAGAUGAAGAAAAAAAUGCUUCUGAAUACUCUGGUGGAGAAAACUCAGAAACCCCGUCAAAUGGCUCUCCUGCAGAAGACAUGGGAAAGCGAGAACAUGGUGAAAAACAUGGACAAGUUCAGAAAAGUGAGUGGGCAAAGACGGUGAUGAUCCCUUUGUGAAGGGUGGGCAGCUCCCAGGACCUUUGGGAGUCAGGCUUGUCCAGCCCUGGUGCUCAGGAGGUCUCAGACUCUGGUGCUGGCCUUCCUCCUUGCCAGUGCCAUUACUGUCAGUCGUCAUUCAUCUGGGAAGCGAUUCAUGGCGGCCAAGGCUUUGCCUUAUAAACU